CGUUGGGGGUUGUCCGAUUGGGGCUGCAAGUGUCUGCCAGUGUGGGCUGGGGCCUUGUCAUUGAGGCAGGGUUGCUUCUGGGCCCCGAGGCAGCUGCCCCAUGCUUUGCUGAGCAGGUACCAUGCUUCCACACUUCCUGCUGUUGCUGAGCCUCUUGGGCCUUAGUGACAGCCUCCAGACAUGGGACAUCCAGGAGCAUGGAACCAAGGUAGCCUCAGGCCCUGCGCCUCUUCGGGAACGGAGACAAGCAGCUGGAGAUGAUGAUUUGGAGGAUUAUGAUUAUUUCCCGGAAGGCACAGAACCCCCAGAAAUGCUGAUCAAUGUCACCAGUGCGGUGGCUGCAAACCCUGAGUCUCCAACUGUGAUGAUCAUGCUGGAGCAGAGAGUUUCUGUGGGGGCCGGAACCUCUGAGUCAACCACUGCCGAGGUUACCGCCACCCGCCCUGCUGGUCCAGACGCAGGAGGACUGGCUGUUGAAAUAGUGAGUACAGAGUCAGUCACAGAGUGGAAGCCAACCACAGUGGAGAUGACCAUCCAACCAGCAGUCACAGAGGCAGGGACCUCACAUCCAGCACCCACAGAAGCAGAGACCUCACAGCCAGCACCCACAGAAGCAGAGACCUCACAGCCAGCACCCACGGAGGCAGAGACCUCACAGCCAGCACCCACGGAGGCAGAGACCUCACAGCCAGCACCCACGGAGGCAGAGACCUCGCAGCCAGCACCCACGGAGGCAGAGACCUCGCAGCCAGCACCCAUGGAGGCAGAGACCUCGCAGCUUCCCAGGAGUCAGGUUGUAAAAAGUCUGUUCACAGAGGCCACAGCCACAGAAGCACCUUCUACAGAACCCACUGCCACAGAGACCAUGCCCACGGAGUCCACUGCUGCGGAAACCAUGUCCACUGACUCUACCAUCUUCCUUGGGUUAUCUGUGACUCAUAAGGACAAUGACGUGGCAACUGGCCACUUGAAUGACAAUGGCUUGAAGAAUGGGCUGUUUGUGACUCCUAGGAGCUCUCUGGCCACAACGACCCCAGGGAUCUCGGACCUCAUCCCCGUGAAGCAAUGCCUGCUGGUCAUCCUCAUCUUAGCCUCUCUGGCCACCAUCUUCCUGGUGUGCACGGUGGUGCUGGCAGUCCGCCUUUCCCGUAAGAACCACAUGUACCCGGUGCGGAACUACUCCCCCACUGAGAUGAUCUGUAUCUCAUCCUUACUGCCUGAGGGGGGUGAAGGGGCCCCUGUCACAGCCAAUGGGGACUUGCCCAAGGUCCAGGACCCGAAGACCGAGCCCAGUGAGGACCGAGACGGGGAUGACCUCACCCUGCGCAGCUUCCUCCCUUAGCCCCCCUGGCAACCUGAGCAAGGCCCUAGCUGUACCUCCACCCGCUGUUCACCAAGGCCACAGAGCUGGACUUCCUGGGUGGACUUUAUCCGUAGGGAUCUUUAGAGAAGGGGCCUGGACCCACCCCAGUCAGGGCCCAGAGCCUCCAAAGUCCUGCAUCUUCUGCUUCAUUCAUGGAACCCGCGGCCUCUAAGCCGAGGACCAUGGUAGCAGCUGCUGCUCCUGGACGCCUCUCUCCGACCUGUCUGCUGCUUUUUCUGUCGCCCCAGCCACAAUGCCUCCCAGUGCUGUGCAGCUUCCUGCAGGUCACUGAAGUCCUGGCUGCACAUCCCCAAGAAAGAAUGAAUUCCCUUACUCCACUCCCAAACCUUCCUCUCAGUUUCAUGGUUCCCAGAAAGGAUCUCUGGGAAGACCGCCCUCUGGCCAUGCCUGUUUCUCUACCCACAGAGAGGGGCAGCUCUCGGCUUUCCCAGGCACCUAUCUGAGGAUCCCAGGACCAGGCUUGGGUCUUGUGAACCCCUGAGCUUCUGUCUGGUGACAGUGGCCUUCCACGGUGGCACAGCACAGGCACUCAAUAAACGUGUAUGACAAAUGGCGGCUGAGUCCUUUGUGGGCCCAGGCUGCCACCUCCAGGUUGGGUUCCUGAAGGGCUCGUAGGCCAAUCUCCAUCUUCCUCUCAGACAAUAGAGAUUUUCAGUGCCUCCUUGGGUGACUGCAGGGGAAAGCACAAUGUAAUUGCACACGCCUAUGCUCCCAGCACUAGAGAGCUGAGGGGCUGGAGGUCAAGGGCCGGAGGUCAAGGGCAUCUUGACGAUGCAGCAGCAAGCUUGAGAGCAGCCUGGGGUCCGUGAGACCCUGUCUCUGGCUGGUGUGGUAAGCUUGACUGGGGCCUACAUGGUAGAAGGAGAAAACUGCUCCCUAGAAAUUGUCCUCGGACCUCCACACACAAUAAACAAACAAAA